ACCCAACCCCUCUAAUAUCAUUAAAUAGGAAAACAAAACAAAAAUAAAUUGCCGAUCAAAAACUUUAGAUCAAAUAAUCGCUGACAACUUGCUGCCACUCAGUCGAAUUCAGAAAAAGGCUUUUUCCAGAGACGAAAUAGUGCAGAAAGUGAACAAUUGAACUGGCGGAAGAUCCUGAAGAUACUGUUGAAUGCCUCCUAUAUAUGCCAGUAGUGGGCCUUUGCUGCCAUUCAGCCCGAAAACGAUUCAGUCCUGUCAUCAUCAUGGCGUCUACGGACAAGCAGUUAUUUAUCCUUGACGUUGACACUGGUGUAGAUGAUGCCCAGGCCAUCAUGCUAGCUCUGUCACAACCCACAACAUGUCACCUUCUUGCUAUCACUUGUGUUGCAGGGAACACUAGCCUGGAUAAUGUCUGCUUAAAUACGCUGAGAGUACUGAAAGUCUGUGAUAGGCUUGAUGUUCCUGUGUACAGAGGCUGUCAUGAACCCAUUAUUGGCACACCAACAGAAAGUCCACAUGGAUCGGACGGACAUGGUGGACUGGAAAACCCUGAAUCAGUUGAUAUCAAUUUGAUCAAGAAAGAACAUGCUAUCCAUGCUCUCAUCAGGCUGGUCACAGAGCAUCCAAAUGAGAUCACGUUGGUUGCAUUGGCGCCGCUCACCAAUGUUGCUCUCGCGCAUAAGAUCGACACCACGUUCAGCAGCAAACUGAAGCGGUUGAUUAUCAUGGGCGGUAACACAGAAGGUCAUGGUAACGUCAAAGGGCUGGCUGCAGAGUACAAUUUUUUAUCGGAUCCUGAGGCUGCCUUCAUCGUCCUAGAUGGGUUCCAGUGUCCCAUAACGCUAAUCGGCUGGGAGGUCUGCCAGAACAGUUGGGUGCCGUGGAUGGACUACUACCGUCGCAUGAACGCUGAUACGCCGAAGGCCCGCUUGCUGCAAUCCGUCUCACGGUAUCACCUGCAGUGGCACAAAGACUUGGAUCGGCCGAGAUACGUCGCCUGUGACAGCCUAGCUACGGCGCUAGCAAUCAACGCGGACGUCGUUACCAAACGCGAGGACGUAUACGCGCGUGUUGAGCUGCGCGGGGAGAUCACUCGAGGUCAAAUGGUGUGCGAUUGGAAGCGCUUGCUAGAGAAGAAACCGAACGUCGAUGUCGUUCUGGAGAUAGACGUGGCCAGAGCAGGCGAAAUGCUUGACCAGAUGCUGAUGUAGCUGGUCGCACGUGGCGCCACCCGGUGGCUUGGAUGCACUCACCAUUGCGGGCAUUAGAUAAGGUCCUGGUGAUGGAAAAGAUUCUUUUAGUAGCCUACUAAAUAGAAGCGGUCCCAUUUUUGUUAUUAAGUUUUCAGUCAAUAUAUUUAGCAAUUAUUAUAAGUAUAUUAUACCACGCAACGACGUUAUCAGCAUCCACGAAUAACUUAAUAAACAGAUUGAUAAAAAAACUGGUUGAUUGCUUGGUGGUCAGAGGGCAGGUCAACGGUAUUUUAUAGGACCUGGGCCGACAGAUCAGGUCGGUAUUUCAGGCGUGAAUCAUUACUUUUAAUCCCUAAUAUAAUAAAUACAAAUGCAAAUAUAUUAAUGAACUGCAUUAGAUACUAGAUAUUAUAUAUUUUUCGAGUUUAUCAAAAGAUAGCACUGGUAUCAUACACGUUGUUGGUAUACUUACAGUGUCCCUAUUAUGUAGUAUGUAUUGUUAUAAGAGAAUAUUUUAUUGCAAAAUUAUAAAAACUCACUGCGUUAGCAUGGAUUCGAUCCAGACAUUGAUCCUUGGUCGCAGUAAAUUAAUACAGUAAUUAUUGAUGAUUAGAUUAUUGAUAAUUGUGGAGGGAAUGCUGCUUGUACGUAAGUACUACAUCGCGUAUGUAGACAACGCGCGUUC